AUGUCGAUCCAGACCGUAAACAUCACCCCCUUCACCGACCAGAAGCCGGGCACUUCCGGUCUGCGCAAGAAAGUCACCGUUUUCCAGCAGCCCAACUACUCCGAAUCCUUCAUAACCAGUAUUCUCCUGUCCAUCCCCGAGGGUGCUGAGGGCGCGUUCCUGGUCAUUGGCGGUGAUGGCCGCUACCACAACCCCGAGGUCGUUCAGAAAAUCGCCAAGAUCAGCGCCGCAUACGGCGUGAAGAAGCUCCUGGUCGGACAGAAUGGAAUUCUGAGCACUCCAGCCGCCAGCCAUCUCAUUCGCAAGAGGAAGGCGACCGGCGGUAUCCUUCUGACUGCCAGCCACAACCCCGGCGGUCCCAACGAGGACUUCGGAAUCAAAUACAACCUGAGCAACGGUGCUCCGGCCCCCGAAUCCGUGACCAAUAAGAUCUACGAGACCUCCAAGUCGUUGACUUCCUACAAGAUUGCCCAGCUUCCCGAUGUCGACCUCUCCAAGAUCGGAACUCGGAGCUACGGCGCUUUGGAGGUGGAGGUCGUCGACUCCGUGGCGGACUACGUCGAGUUCCUGAAGGAGAUCUUCGACUUUGACCUCAUCCGCGAGUUCCUGAACACGCACAAGGACUUCAAGGUUCUGUUUGAUGCCAUGCACGGCGUGACGGGACCCUACGGUGUGCAGAUUUUCCAGAAGGAAUUGGGCCUGCCGGAGAGCAGCACCCAAAACUGCGUCCCCAAGGCCGACUUUGGCGGCGGACACCCGGACCCCAACUUGGUCUAUGCCCACGCUCUCGUCGAGGCGGUCGACAAGAACGGCAUUCACUUCGGCGCGGCCAGCGACGGCGAUGGCGACCGCAACAUGAUCUACGGCGCCAACACCUUUGUCUCUCCUGGUGACAGUCUGGCCAUCAUCGCGCACCAUGCCAAAAAGUACAUUCCCUACUUCCGAAAGAACGGGGUCUAUGGCCUUGCGCGGUCCAUGCCUACGUCGGGCGCUGUCGACCUCGUCGCCAAGGCCCAGGGUCUCCAGUCGUACGAGGUGCCUACCGGCUGGAAAUUCUUCUGCGCCCUGUUCGACAACAACAAGAUCUCCAUCUGCGGUGAGGAGAGCUUCGGCACGGGUAGCAACCACAUUCGCGAGAAGGACGGUGUGUGGGCCAUCGUUGCUUGGCUGAACAUCAUCGCCGGUGUGGCCAAGGAGAGGCCCAACGAGACACCCAGCAUCGCGUCGAUCCAGAACGAGUUCUGGAAGACCUACGGCCGUACGUUCUUCACGCGGUACGACUACGAGAAGGUCGACAGCGACGCUGCCAACAAGGUCAUCGCCCACCUUUCGGGCCUGGUUGAGAACAAGGACACGUUUGUCGGUUCGACCGUGUCUGGCCGCAAGGUUACCGAAGCGGGUAACUUCUCGUACACGGAUCUCGACGGCAGCGUCAGCAAGAACCAGGGUCUGUACGUCCGGUUCGACGACGGCAGCCGCAUUGUCGUCCGUCUGUCGGGCACGGGCAGCAGCGGUGCCACGAUCCGUCUGUACAUCGAGAAGCACGAGAGCGAUGAGUCGCAGUUUAGCAAGAACGCGCAGGACUACCUGAAAGACAAUGUUGCGCUGGCGAUGUCUUUGCUGAAGCUGAAGGAGUUCAUUGGUCGGGAGGAACCGGAUGUGAAGACUUAG